AGCGCGUGGUGUUAAGACCAAUAAUGUUCAGAGUGAGCCUCUUCUCUACCAUUCCGCCCUAGGAGUCUUCAUAUUAGUAACAGCAACAGCGAGAAAGUUAAGAGAAAGUAGAGAACAAGAAAAGAAAAUAUUUCCUCUUAGCCAAACACUCCCUUACCCUAUUGUUAAUGGGCACCCAAAGGCCUCGGAAGCUGAGCGGUAGGUCGCUGUAGAAGUUUGAUCAAUCAAAUUUUCUAGGGUUUGGUUUCGUUUCCCCAGAAUCUCUCUCUUCGAUCAAUCAAUCACGAGGUCAGUUUUUUCUGCAUAUGUGCACUCGAAUCGAACACCCAAUUGAACAGAAAAAACUCGAUAAAUCAACAUCCAUUUGCUCAUUCUAGCUAUAUAUACACAUUUAUACCUUUGGUUCUUGUCAUGCGAUUGUCGUCGGGAUCGGUUUCUUCAUCGAAGCGAGUGAAAAAUCAUCGUUCGAACUCUCGAACUCGAACGAAGCACAAAAAACUCGACGCCAUAUGCGAGAAAACCUAUAAUCGGAACCGCGGCGUUGCUGGCGAAUCAAAUGAGGGCAAUGGUGGGGCGGGGUCGGCGGGCGUUGAUUCAGAGCUGCGGCGGAGUUCGAGGGUCCGCCGUGCUCCUGUUUUGCUUGAUUCCUCGCCGCCGCCAUCGAAAAAGCGGCGGAGGAUCGACUGGAAUGGGGAGAGUUUCAGUAAGAGGAGGGAGAAAGGGAAGGCGGUGGUGAGGAGUUGUUCAUCUCCAGGCGAGGAUUCAGGGGAAUUGAAAGAAGGAGAGGUUUGGAAAUCGAGGUUGAGAUCUAGGGCUAAAACUAAAAGGGUGCGUUUUGUGGAGAAGGAUAAAGAGGCAUCAGCGAGUGGGAAGAGGAAGCUUUUCAGGGAUAUGGAUGGGUGUCGGGAAGAAGGGACUAUGGUAGAGAGAGAAUUGGAUGGGGGAAAAUCCACAGUUGUGAGGUCGAAGAGGCCUGGGAGGAUUAAGGCUUCCAAUAUUUUGGGGAACAGUGAAGAAGAGAUUGAUUUGCACAGUAAUAAAGGGGUUGAGGAUGAGAGGGUUGAAGUGGAGAUGUUAGUGGAUAAGGGAGAGCGGGAUUUUUUGGUUUUGAACAGUGAAAUGGACGGUGGAAACGAGGUUGAAGCAGUAGAUGGUGGAAACGAGGUUGAAGCAGUUGGAAACGAGGUUGAAGCAGGGGUUGGAGCAGUUGGAAACGAGGUUGAAGCAGUGGAUGGUGAAAACGAGAUUGAAGCAAUUGGAAAUGAGGUUGAAGCAGUGGAUGGUGGAAACGAGGUUGAAGCCGUGGAUGGUGAAACCGCAGAUUUAUUGGAGAAAGAAAAGAGUGAAAACCAAAAUGGUUUAUCUGGUAAUGACAAUGUGGAAACUAUUGAACAGAAUGAUAAGCAGAUGGAACAUUCAGAGUGUGUGAAUGAAGGAGAAAAUGAAAGAGAUGUUUUAGAAGUUGGAGUUGCUGCAAGCCAAGUGGAAGAUGUAGUGGACCAUGAUGGCCAGGAUGCUUGUUUGGACAAUCCUGAUGAAAAACCUGUGGAACCUGAGAAUUCCAUGGGGGUUGAUAAGUCCAAUAAAGCUUUGGCAUACACUCUUGGCAAACCUCGGAUAAAAGAGGGGAGGCGAUGUGGUCUUUGUGGUGGAGGAACUGAUGGUAAACCUCCGAAGAGAGUAGUCCAGGAUAUUGGUGAGAGUGAAAAUGAGGCAUGUAGUGGUUCUUCAGCUUCUGAUGAGCCUAACUAUGACCCAUGGGAUGGAUUUGGUGAUGAACCUAGCUGGCUUGGACGUCUUUUGGGUCCUAUAAAUGAUCGUUAUGGUAUUGCUGGGAUCUGGAUUCAUCAACACUGUGCUGUUUGGAGUCCUGAGGUUUAUUUUGCUGGUUUGGGAUGCUUGAAGAAUGUUAGGGCCGCACUCUGCAGAGGAAGAGCAUUGAAAUGCAGUCGCUGUGGGAGGCCAGGUGCAACUAUUGGAUGUCGUGUUGAUCGGUGCCCAAAAACUUACCACUUGCCUUGUGCACGAGCUAAUGGUUGCAUUUUUGAUCAUCGCAAAUUUCUUAUAGCCUGCACAGAUCAUCGGCAUCUCUUCCAACCUCAUGGCAAUCAAUAUUUGCAACAGAUAAAGAAAAUGAAAGCAAAGAAAAUGAAAUUGGAAAUAAGGAAGGUGUCAAAUGAUGCUUGCCGGAAAGAUCUUGAAGCAGAAGAAAAGUGGUUGGAACACUGUGGUGAGGAUGAAGAGUUCUUGAAACGGGAGAGCAAGAGGCUCCAUCGAGAUAUAUUGAGAAUUGCACCUGUGUAUAUUGGAGGCCCGGGCUCUGAAGGUGAGAAACUAUUUCAGGGUUGGGAGUCUGUUGCUGGGCUUCAAGAUGUCAUCCGGUGCUUGAAGGAGGUUGUCAUCUUACCCUUACUGUAUCCUGAGUUCUUUAAUAAUCUGGGGCUUACACCUCCUAGAGGUGUUCUUUUGCAUGGUUACCCUGGAACGGGCAAAACUCUGGUAGUGCGGGCAUUAAUUGGAUCAUGUGCUCGUGGUGAUAAGAGGAUAGCAUACUUCGCACGGAAAGGUGCAGAUUGUUUAGGAAAGUAUGUUGGUGAUGCUGAGCGCCAGCUGAGACUCUUGUUUCAGGUUGCUGAGAGAUCUCAACCUUCUAUCAUAUUCUUUGAUGAGAUAGAUGGAUUGGCACCUUGUCGUACAAGGCAGCAAGAUCAGACACAUAGUUCAGUUGUGUCCACUUUGCUUGCUCUAUUGGAUGGUUUAAAAUCUCGAGGUUCAGUUGUAGUAAUCGGUGCAACAAAUCGUCCUGAGGCUGUUGAUCCAGCUUUAAGACGGCCUGGAAGAUUUGAUAGGGAGAUCUAUUUUCCUCUGCCAUCAGUCAAGGAUAGAAUUUCUAUUCUCUCACUGCACACACAAAGAUGGCCUAAACCAGUUACCGGACCCUUGCUUAAUUGGAUUGCAAGAAAAACUGCAGGCUUUGCUGGGGCUGAUCUGCAGGCUCUUUGUACUCAAGCAGCCAUUAUUGCUUUGAAGAGGAACUGCCCCUUUCAAGAACUUGUGUCUCAUGCUGGAGAGAAAGCUCCUGAUGGUAAUCGCUAUCCCCUUCCCUCCUUUGCAGUGGAGGAGAGGGAUUGGUUGGAGGCUCUUUCAUGUGCUCCACCCCCCUGCUCUCGUAGAGAAGCAGGUAUGUCUGCAAAUGAAGUAGUAUCCUCUCCACUUCCCACCCAUCUUAUAUCUUGUCUACUUCGACCACUAUCCAGCCUGCUUGUUUCCCUGUAUCUUGAUGAAUGCCUCUAUUUACCUCCUCUUCUUUACAAAGCUGCAAAAAUGAUUAAAAAUGUCAUUGUUGGUGCUUUGAGGAAGAAGAAAAUGCCUAAUGAUCAUUGGUGGGCCCAAGUUAAUGAUUUGCUUCAAAAGGCAGAUGUUAUAAAGGAGAUAGAAAGGAACCUGUCAUGUCUUGGCAUUUUAAUUGGAGAGGCUGGUUUUCCAUUUUCUGAUGCUUUAAAUGAUGAUACUGAUGAAGACAGGGUGAGGUUUGACCCUUCGAGGGCAUACCACAAUGGAAUUCACACUACUUUGUUGCAAAAUAUUUCGUAUACAUCAGGAAAGAAAUCAGGAUUUCGCAUAUUGAUUGCUGGGAGUCCCCGGUCAGGCCAGAGGCAUCUUGCUUCUUGUAUUCUCCACUGUUUUGUUGGGAAUGUUGAAAUUCAAAAGGUUGAUUUGGCUACAAUUUCACAGGAAGGACGCGGAGAUGUACUAGAAGGGCUAACAAGAAUAUUGAUGAAAUGCACUAGUGUGGGUUCAUGCAUGCUAUUCUUGCCUAGAAUUGAUUUGUGGGCUAUAGAGACAUCUGAUCAAGAUGAUGAAGAGUGUUCCUCUUCAACAGACCAUCAAUCAUCUGAGGAAGAAUUCUGUAUAACAAACAGUCAAGUUGUUGAAAAGGAAAAUGUAUCCGGUCCAAGGGCAUGCAAAUCUGCUGAGACAGGAGUGCCUGAAGAUGUUUUGCAGAGAGCUUCACAUGCAUGGAGGUCGUUCAUUGAGCAGGUGGAUUCCAUGUGUGUGUCCACGUCUUUGAUGAUUCUGGCUACUUCAGAUGUGCCAUAUGCAGCAUUGCCUAAAAGAAUAAGGGAGUUUUUCAAGACUGAUAUAUUGAACUACAGUUGUUCAGCUUCUUCAGAACACACUGUACCCCAAUUCUCUGUGCAGGUUGAUGGGAACUUCAAUCGUGAUACGUUGAUUGAUUCAUCAGCAACAGAAUUGUCGAGGGAUUUGGUUCAGCAGUUUGUUCAGUUGAUUCAUCAUAGAACUCACAUUCUUACAAGUGUUUUCGAGGAGUACAAAGCUUGUGAUACAGGUCAAGGUAAUAAAGAUAUGGUAUAUCAUGGUGCAGAUCAUGUACUGGCCAAUGAAGGUGAGGAUAGAGCUCAGUGUCCUGAAGAAUCUGUUGCAAAGGUCCCAUCUCCACCAAACAGUAGAACUGUGAAAGGGAAAUCAAACCUGUUAUUAGCAAUAUCUACAUUUGGCUAUCAAAUGCUUCGAUAUCCUCAUUUUGCUGAACUUUGUUGGGUCACAUCCAAACUCAAAGAUGGUCCCUGUGCAGACAUAAAUGGACCAUGGAAAGGCUGGCCAUUCAAUUCUUGUAUUAUUCGUCCUAGUAACUCAUUAGAAAAGGUAGCUGUCGCUUGUAGCCCCAGCAAUACUAAAAGCAAAGAAAAAUUUGGUCUAGUUAGGGGCCUAGUUGCCGUUGGUUUAUCAGCAUACAGAGGUGCAUAUGUAUCACUUAGAGAAGUUUCCCUUGAGGUUCGAAAGGUUCUGGAGCUCCUGGUCGAUCAAAUUAAUGCUAAAAUUCAAUCUGGAAAAGAUAGAUAUGAAUUUGGUCGUAUUUUGUCACAAGUGGCUUGCUUGGAAGAUAUGGUCAAUAGCUGGGUAUACACACUACAGAGUUUAGAGGUGGACGGUCAAAUGACAGUGGUAAACCCUAAGCCUGGUACUGUAGGAUCUUCAAGCUAUGCAUGUGGGGAUGAUGUGGAUAAUCUAAUCGAAAGCAAGGAAUGUGGACCAAAUGUUUCUAACAGAAGCUCACAUGAAGGAGAAGUACCAGAAGAAAGGCCUGAAGGAUUUACUUCUGAAAAUACUGGAUGUGUUAAUUUGCACAAAGGAGAUGUCAAUUCUGGUGAUCCUAAUCUGAAGGAGGGAGUUCCAAUCUCAGAAAAGUCUCCACUUCAAACAGCCUUCUUGACUGAUUCUGCCCCUGUCGAGCAAUUUCAGAGUUCUUUGGCUGCCAACUUUUUGGAUGGUAAAGUUCCAAACAUGCAUGAUGGGACUUCUAAAUCAUUCAAGUCAGAAAAUUCUGUGAAGUGUAUGGUGAAUAAGGGAGAUUCUGGACUCUGGAGACAGUCUAAUGGAUUUGCAUUCGUGGAACCCGUGGUCCAUUCUGAAGAUUCCCUAUGUAGUGCAGGUGAAUUGAGUGGCCUUAAGUCGUCUAGCUGUGGAAAGUUUUGCAACCAGUUCAAUGGUUUAUCCAUGGCGGAGACUGAUAUUCCACCUCCAGAUGGUAAGUCUAUCCCUGAUGAGCCUAUUGUCAAUGUCAACGUCUCUUCAAUCAAAACUACAAAUAUUGCAGCUGAUUCAGGGGUCAUUUGUUUGUAUCGUUGUUGUGCUGAAUGCCUGUAUACCCUCCAUAGUUUGAUGCAGAAAAUUCUCAUUCGUGAAUGGGAAGUGAAUGGGACCUAUCGGACGGUAGAGGAUGUUCAUGAUGUUGUUGCAUCAUUAUCUGUUGAUCUUCUUUCAGCAGUUAGAAAAAAUUAUGCUGCUGAAAGUUUCGGCAAUUUAUUUGACAAAAAGAUGAGACAAGAAAAUCAUGGCAAAUUGUCUGAAUGUCAGGAAAUGAGCAUAUGUCAGUGUAAAAAUUCCGGAAAUAGGUUAGUAAUGCCAAUUGAAUGUAGUUGUCACUCAUUAAACAAGAGUUUGUCUGCAAAAGCAAAUCCUUCUCGCCAGCUUGAUUUAAAAUUCAUCUACAGAGAUGGUGUACUGGUCCCUAUAGAUCUUGACAAGGAUGUUUCUUUUCACUGUAAAUUCGAGACUUUGUGCCUUUGUUCUCUUAUAGAGUGGAUAGUAAUGACCAAGCAACCUUUUGAUUGAUAUGAUGUUGUCACAGCUUGGGUUGGUCUUUGCCUUGGCAAUAUUUGGUUAUCAUUGCGGAAUUUAGGUGUGGAACUUCCCUUGAGAGAUGUAAAAAAUCACAAUUUUGUCGAGUUUCAGUUCAAUCCAGUUCCUCCUCUUCUUACAUGAGCAGCAAUUUAAGGGCAUUGCUUUAUUUUUUCCUUUUCUUGCUACACAGUCCUCCAAAGCUUUUGACUCUCUGGGUCGAAAUCUGCACCUUGUAAGUACCAUUUGGGGUUUUUCCUUUGGUUGAUUUUAUUGGAACUAUAUAUAAAUAUUUACUGGCUUCAUAUGUUAAAUGCCUUCGUUAAAUGCUCCAUUGUGUUUGUAUGUCAUAAUUUUUGGUCAUUGGUUCCCUUAUGGAGUGCAAAUGCUUCACUGCCUGUUUGUUUC